CCGGGCUUCCGGCUUAGACUCGGGGGUAUCCGGAGCUCGAGACCCCGCGGCGGGGAGCAUCUGCUCUGUGCGUGGUGCUGGGCAGGGUCAGCUGUCGUGCGUCCAGCCCGCGGGUGCAGCCCGCGCCAGAGUCUUAGAGGAUGGCUUCCUCAGAGCUGGACCAAUUAUGCUCUCAUAUUAAUGAAAAGAUUGAUAUUAUUAAAAAUACUCUGUCAUUAAGGAACUGUGGUCAAGAUCCUACCUUGACGACUGUCUUAGAGAAAAUAGGAGAUGAGAUCAUUGCCGUACACCAACUUCUCAAUAAAUUGGAAUUGGAAGUUCAGUAUCAUGAACAAACCAACAUUUCCCUUAAGGAACUGUGUGACUCUCUUGAGGAAGAUUUUAAAGACGUGGAACAUCUCAAAGAAAACAUCCCCCCUCAUUUGCCUCAAUUAACAGUAACCCAGCACCUUCCCAAAGAGCCCCAGCCUGACCCAGGAAAAUCGGUCCCAGUUGAACCUGCCCCCACGAAGAAGCCCCCGAAAGAACAAAGAAUGAUUAAAGAAAUGUUAUUUAUAACUGCUGAUGAAUUCAAUGGCAUUCCUUCAUAUAUGAAAUCUCGCUUAACCUAUUGUCAAAUUAAUGAUGUUAUUAAAGAAAUCAACACUGCUGUGGUUAGUAAAUAUAAGAUUCUACAUCAACCAAAAAAGUCUAUGAGUUCUGUGGCCAGAAAUCUCUAUCACAGAUUCAUGGAUGAAGAAACAAAGGACACCAAAGGUCAUUACUUUAUAGUGGAAGCCGACAUAAAGGAGUUCACAACUCUGAAAGUCGACAAGAAAUUUCAUGGGAUAAUGAGUAUUUUACGACACUGCCGGAGGUUGUCAGAGGUCCGAGGGAAAGGACUUACCCGAUACGUUAUAACCUGAGGCCACUGAGCCUUGAACCAUCUCACAGGACGUUAGAGAUGUUAUUUCU